UGGGGUAGAAAUGAAGGACCUGGAGCUGCUGAACAGCAAAGUGUUAAUUCCUAGAUGAAGCCUAUAGAUACUCAGAAGGUGCCAAGAAAGACGGAGGGCAGCUGAAUGCUGGAUGGAUCGUUAUUGAGCAGAUUUGCUGGCAGGUUUAUGCUUUCCUCUUUUCUACAUUAAGGGAGUGAGAGCUGUCUGAAGGCUGAUGGCAUACGUGGAGAGUCAGCUGACUGCGACACUGCUGACCUCUGUGGUGGCGGCUGUUCUCGGCUCUUUGCAGAUUGGAUAUCACACAGGCAACGUCAACUCUCCGGCCAGAGUUAUAGAGGAAUUCUUCAAUGCAACGUGGAAAUCAAGAAACAAUGAGUCCAUGCCAGACCACAGUCUCACCCUGCUGUGGUCUCUGUCGGUCAGUAUUAAGGAUUUUGGAGGCCUUCUGGGAGCACUGGGAGUUAAAUGCCUCGCUGAUUCCUAUGGGAGGAGAAACUCCAUUCUUAUAGCCAAUGCUCUGUCAAUACUGGGUGCCUUCCUCAUGUUCAUCAGCAAGACAGCGGAGUCCUUUGAAGUUCUCAUCGUGGGCCGUUUUAUAUUUGGCUUGUUCUGUGGUUUGGCGAUGAGUCUGAACCCCCUCUACAUACAGGGUGUUUCCCCGCUUAACCUCCGCGGUGCUUUCGCAACUCUCAACCAGGUUUCCUUUGCUUCUGGCAUUCUGUUAGGCAUGGUGGUGGGAUUAGAAACAGUACUGGGAACUGAAAAAUACUGGGCACUCAUGCUGUCCCUGUCCCUGAUCCCAGCCCUCCUGCAGUAUAUGACCCUGCCAUUGUGUCCUGAGAGCCCACGGUACCUCUUCAUCAACCAGAGCAAAGAGAAAGAAGCAGAAACUGCAUUGAGACGAUUAAGAAAAAACUCUGGCAAUGUGAUGCAAGAAAUGGAGGAAAUGAAAGAGGAAGCGUCCCACAGCGAGGCGGGAGUGACUGUCAGCGAGUUCUUCAUAAAGCGACGCUACAGACAGCCCAUUAUACUUGUUCUAAUCAUAAACCUGGGCAGUCAGUUAUCAGGCUUUAACGCGAUCAUAAAUUAUUCUACUAAAAUGUUCACCAAGGCCAAAUUUGAAGAAGCUACAUAUCUGACGCUGGGAGUGGGAGCCAUCAACGUGGCCUUCACCAUAGUGGCUUUCUUCUUGGUGGAGCGAGCAGGACGCAGAAGGUUGCUCCUCACUGGUUUCCUGUCAGUCGCACUUUGUAAUUUACUGAUGACCAUCACAGACUCUAUACUGCCUUUUGCCCCGGACCUUCGCAGCAUUCAGGUACUGGUGAUCUUCUUCCUGAUCUCAGCGUAUGAAGUGGGGCCAGGGCCCAUCUCUUGGUUCAUUGCAGCCGAGCUGUUUGACCAGCCAGCCCGUCCCAUUGCCAUGGCUUUCACCAGCAUGCUUAACUGGGGAGGGAAAUUCCUGCUGGCCCUGCUUUUCCCAGGAUUAUUGAAACUAUGUGGGGCUUAUGUCUACCUCAUCUUCAUGUCCAUGGCCUUGAUAGCGUUCACCUACACCAUGUUCCGCCUCCCGGAAACUAAGGGGCGUACCUUUGACGACAUCGCUGCAGAGUUUAGAGGAGCUGAGGGCAUCCCACUGCACAACAAGACCAGCUUCAAUACUUUCUCUUGACCACUCUUCUGACCACACAGCAAUGGAACACCUCCAGUUCAACCACAGAAGAAGAAACACCCUGCAUUUAAUUUAGUAAUAAAAAUAAAAAUGCCAUUUCUGUAUCUA